GAAUAAAACGCGCAUAGUUCUUGGAGGCACACAAAACUUUACUGUCGUUAUUCAGGGCUCACGUGCUGCUGUCUACAACAAGGAUGGAAAGAAUAUGCCGCAUACUACUCUAAAUCUUUAAUUCGUGCUGGUCCAACAACAAGGAGAAGGAAGUAGCCGAAGCUGCUAUUAUCAAAAUGGACGCCGCAUUGACAGAGCUUUUUCACGAGUGGGCGGAUCCCACAAGCACGCCUGUGUCCGUGUCGUUUACGGACUUAUGCUGUAUGCUCAGAUGGUAUCAGGUCUUUGACGCCCACUCUUUAGACCACACGGAUAUCGUGGAAUUGUGGGCAGAGCUCGAAAAUUUUGCGGAUUUCGACGAAGAGACUGGGGAAAGUUUGGUGAUCGAAGAAUAUUAUGGCUUGAUGGAGGAAGGGUUCAUUUCGAGGACUAGUACAUAGUUUUCGUCAGUAAGGAUUUGGAGCACGAGUCUCUCUGACUUUCGAUUGGCUAAAGUAUCUAAGCAUCCUUGUUCCCGACCCUGAUUGAGAAGGUCGCAGCGCUUGUCUAUGCCACGCGUUCGGGCGCUGGCGCUGAUGGGGCCCGAGCGGCUAGCCAAGAUGCGGCGGACGAUGGCGGUGGCGGUAAGUCGAUGGACGACGCCUUGGGCAUAGCUGAGGACAACGAUUGGAUGACGGAGCAGUUCGUUAACGAUUUGGCGCUAGCAGCGCCUACCUAUCGGAACUCAGACGAGGAACGGCGGGCGCGAGAUCAAAUGCGAAGAUUCUUCGCGCCGAUCUUCGAAAUCGACAUUGUGGAUUCUGCAUACGAACGAGGUGUCGCACUGGCAUCGAUCUUCGCACACUAUCAGAAAAUACAUACGAAGCCAAGUGAGACGCUUUUAUGGUGACCGGUGGUGAAUUACCGUAUGUUAUGACUUUCCAUUUUUACUUGUUGUCACAUGAAUUAAUAAGUCAUGAUGCUUUUGCGAUAGCAACAUAGUACCGAAAGUAUUCUUACAAUGGCCUCAAGUUCAUGCAUUGGCGCGGCAUCCCGAGACGGUGCCGCGGGUGGGGGCAAAGGCUUCAAGAAUAAAGCAGGAGCAGCAGGAGGCCUCAGUAGAAGGGGUAGCCGCGGGUUGCUCGAAGACGAUGACUAUGUCGACGCUGACGCACCCGUAGCUUUCGUAUCUGCGGAGAAUCUCGAGCGGCUGUGCGUCGACAUCGGGCUACUCCCUUCCGUGGUGACGCAUGAUACGUUUCUGCAGAUUGUGCGCGAAUAUGGAGAGGAGAACUACGACUUUUCGCAGUUUGUAGAAGUGUUUCUAGCGCUGAUUCUGUCCUGCGAGGACGAAACUCUGUCUGUGGAAGAUGUUUUCCACCGCCUGCGCAUUCCUAAGAAUGUGGACUACGACGGCAGGCGAUUGCCUUUUCUCCGUAAACUGCGCGAAAACGAGAAACUCGAAGAUGAGGAAAGAGCGGCGCUGGUCCUGAUCGAAGCAGCAAAUCUUUUCGAGACCUUGCCACCGCCAGUUAAUAGGGGCAUCGGUACUACAUUUAACGCAAAAGUGGCUAGUGCUUUUUCUUUUUAUCCUUGAGAAACGACCUGGAGAAGGUGUAAUGGAUACCGAAUGGUGUGAAAUGAAUCGCAAUCGAAGCACGCUCAUUACUGAAUGAAUCCACAUGUUGUUUCAUACAUAGGUCCACACCCCGGUUCUAUUUUCAGCGAAGAAGAGCUGCAGAAGAUGCCGAUACAGCCGAUGCCGAUUGAGGAGGUGAUUGCAAAGAUCCAUGCUCCUAAGCCUAAGGGUGGAGCUAAGAAGGGGAAAAAGAAGAAGAAGAAAAAGGGCGGUGAUGACGCAGGCGCGACGAAUUUUCCAAAAGUCGAUCCCGGUACGAUAGUCUGGAUGAAUAAGAGGCCUGUGAAGCCAUCGCCGAAUAUACCGGCAAGGAUGGACUUUUUUCCUCGUGGGUACAAUCGCGUAGAACCUUCGCGUGCAAAGAUCCGCCACGACUAUGCGUCUAACUGGCUUCUCAGGCCUGUCCUCAUUGAGGAACCAGUGCCUUUUCCGUUCGUCGCGGCACCCAGCACCAGCAUUUUUGUGUCAGGGGAAGAUGGCGGUGGCAAGCUUGCGCCGUCUGAAGACAGGCCCACACCGUCAGAUGCAAGUAGUGGCGUCGCUGGUGGAGGCCUCUCGCAAGACUGUCUCUCUUUUUGCGGUGCAGGGUUUCAGUAUCGUAAUCGCAACAACCUACAUGCGGCAUUCUUCAGUUUGUGGAAGGCCUUUCGAAUAUACCGUGGCACGCUGAGGCCGGGACCGGGUAUUCAUCAAGGUGAAAAGUCGUGUAGUACCAUGUUUAGAACUGAGUUUGAUAUUCCUAUGUUUAGAACUGAGCUGCUGUCUUCCUAUGGUUUCACUUUUUCAGAACGAGAGAAAUGGCAUGUCGUUUCUUCAGCCAUUCCUUUCUUUCUUUCAUGCAGAUAAAGCCUGUCCCUAUCGUGAACCGCAAUAUUCGGAGGCGUUUGAUGUUCCCAGUUGUCUGCGUGAUUUGAUCGACACAGCAGCUGGCCCAAAUGUGACAGAGACUGUGGGAAAUGCGGAUGCGGACUUGUUUUUUCAUCUCACUUUUGCGAGUAUUGCUGUGAGUAUGUGUCUCGACGCUUUGGCGCUGGGUCUUGCUUACCACACCUGGAAGCGCAACCGGAACAGCAAGCCACGGGAGCUCGUUGCGAAGAGGCAACUGGCCUUGAUCCUGUUUCGACAAAAUGAGUACGCUCUGGCAUCGAGGCUGUUUCUGUCAGUGGUGAAGUCGCAAGAAGCUGCACUCGGCGACUGCAAUUUAGAGCUUGCAUCAAGCUACAAUAACUUAGCAGCCGCGUACAUGAUGUUACACCCUUUUCCGAGAAACCAAGAAGCGCUGGCUUAUUUUACACUAGCUUCGAAAUUGCAUACGCUCUUCGCUCCACUAGAGACGGAGGACGAGCGGAGGACGCUUUUGCGUAGAAAUCUAGACAAAGCGCAGGUUGCGGCGCGUGGUAGACGCUUCGAGGCCAAGCCAUUCCUGUGGUACAUGAGUCUUGUGUCUGCGAAGCCCAAGGAGGAUAAGAAGAAAAAGAAGGGUGGAGCAAAGAAGAAGAAGAAGUAGGAGAGGACUGUCUUAGGCUGUCUUCCCAAUAACUGAAAGUAUCUACUAUAAGAAAUAAUAAUAAAAGACGGGUUUUGCUGAAAUUUCGAGUUUGACUACAUUAUUGCUGGGAGAAUGAGACAAGGAUUAAACUCAAAAACACAAAUACUUCUAUGAACUGAGGAGAUCUGUACAGCUCGUUGAUUUUCUAUCUUUCUGCUCAAAGCACUAGUGGUAACCCGUUGCCACGACUUGUAAACAAUGUUGUACAGUAACUUUUGGCCGCACUUAAUCUAGGAUGGCGGUUGACUUUGUCUGCAUAAAUUCGUGCAAGCGCACAACGUCGUGCAGAAAUGACUCUGCUUUCGUCAUG